UUUCGAUUGGCUUUUGUACAUGUCAAUCAUCAGGACAUCUCUAGUGUCUAGUUUCCUGUUACCGCCCUUGGACCGAGACAGUGAAGACGGGUGCGGGAAUUUCUUACAUUCCCGAGGAGGAAAGGACAACAAAAGGUUAAAACGCGAGGAGGAAUUUCUCUAGGACCCUCACUUGAACUGGACGGCGGUCUCUCUGACGGGCGGCGUGAAUCAUGGCUCUUUCCUUUAAGAAAGAUCUGGAGAAGUAUAAGGAGAUUGAUGAGGAUGAGAUUCUGAACAAGCUCUCAGAGGAGGAACUCAAACAGCUGGAGAACGCUCUGGAGGAGAUCGACCCAGAGCAUGCUUUGCUGCCAGCUGGACUCAGACAGAAGGACCAGACGACAAAGAUGGCCACCGGUACCUUUAAUCGUGACAAACUCCAACAAUAUCUGGAGAAGGAGGCCAUGGAUUACAAAGACAGAGAAGAUUACGUCCCCUUCUCCGGAGAAAAAAAAGGAAAGGCGUGGGUGCCCAAACAGAAACCGAUUGAGCUGCUUAAGGAGGAAGCCACGACCCUUGACCCAGAACUGGAAGAGGCUCUGUCCAGCGCUACUGACACUGAACUGUGUGACCUGGCAGCUAUUCUUGGAGUGAACACACUGGUGACAAGCACACGGAGUUAUGACGGCACCUGUAAAGACGGUUAUAACAAUGUUAUUCAAGGGGAGAAGGUGAAGCCAGUAUUCGACGAGCCACCAAACCCAACCAACGUGGAGGAAACUCUCCAGCGGAUCAAAUCCAACGAUCCCUCGCUGACUGAAGUCAAUCUCAACAACAUCAAAAACAUUCCCAUCCCGACUCUGAAGGAGAUUGCUAAAGCCAUGGAGAGAAACACUCAUGUGAAGAAGUUCAGUUUGGCUGCCACUCGGAGCAACGACCCCGUGGCUGUGGCGUUCUCAGAUAUGUUGCGAGAGAACAAGAGCCUGAAGAGUCUGAAUCUGGAGUCUAAUUUUAUCACGAGCGCAGGAGCUCAGGCUUUAGUUGAAGCCCUGCGGGAGAAUGACACGCUCACAGAGAUCAAGAUCGACAACCAGCGGCAGCAGCUCGGCACUUCGGUGGAGAUGGAGAUCGCCAAGAUGCUGGAACAGAACACGAGCAUCAUGAAGUUCGGCUACCACUUCACUCAGCAGGGUCCUAGAGCCCGCGCUGCUGCCGCCAUCACAAAAAACAAUGACCUGGUGCGGCGGAGGCGAGUAGAGCGAGAUCUGUAGAGUCUAGUCUCUCUCUGGAGCUGAUCAGAGUCUUGUGCCAAACCCUCUGAGGGAUCCACUUCACCUGAAGAAGGGACACAACUGGAUAUUCUCCUCUCUACUGUUUAUACUCGAACAUCUGUUUUGUUGUUUUAUAUUAAUAUUAUUGUUGUUGUUUAUUAUGUUUGUUUUCGCAGCUGAAAAACAAAACUUUUUUUUAUCAUAUUUUUGUGUUCUAGUCUCUGUAAGUGUUCAGAAUGGACAGGUUUAAGACGGUUACACACAUGCGCACAUCAUGCUCUAGAGAGAUCUGGGGCUGAUUCACAACUCGUCGCUCACAUUCACUCAACUGUACUGAAUCUGCUGUGUUCCCCGCUAAAUGUGAGCUUCAUCUGUCUUUGAAGGGCACAGUUAGUCAUGAGGUGACGGUGGCAUUGAGUGUAGUGCUGAAACACUCUCACUUCCAUCACUCCGGCUGCUGCUGCUACUACUGACUGCCACAUUUUCAUCAGUUUGUGUUGUAGAACUCCAGAAACACACAUGCGGUUCUGAGAAACUACAGGGCUCUUGAGGACUUGUGUCCCAGUUAUGUCUGAUUGAAACAAAACUGGUCCUGGAUCAGCACCCAUGAGAACUUUGACCCGUUUGACACCCACUGAACCAUCUGUGCGGUUUAAGGUCCACCUUUGACUUUUCACGUAUUGCUUGAAAGUGCCGAAAACAACAGUGCACUGUUUGCUGGGAGGAACAAUUGACAGUUUUUCUGUAAAUUGUUGUCAGCUAUAGAUUAUUUCUAAUGUAGAUAAAUGGCUUUUUUAAUAACUAUGCCAAAGACUAACAUCGACAUGCUCUGAUAUUUACUCUGGCAGGUCAAUUUGGGGUUUUCGGGUUUAAUAUAGAUGAGUUCAUGUAGAGACAGAGAGCAAAUAAAGACCAUCUUCAGGCGAGUGGGCGGCCCUUCUGCAGCCUCGCCCCGUCUCCACACAGUGUCGCAUGCAUGUUUGCACGAGUUCUCUUGUCACUCAAGAUAUCUGACGUAAUCUGCACAUGGCUUGGUUUGGAUGUGUUCAUCGCUGGUGACGGGGUGUAAUGUAGAGCACAGAGGCUUCGGCACGCUGGUCUCGUGCUCGCUGUGCAUUACAGUACAUACAUGCUUUACAUCUGUACUACACUUGGACCACUUUUCUCACCUUGAUGUGUUUUUUCUUUUUACUUGUUUGUCUUGUAAAGAUGACAGAGCCUUGUGUAUCAAUUGACUGUUCGUCCUUUACGUUUCUUUGCGAACGCAUGCCGAGUCGUUCGUGUCUGUGGGGUUGUUAUUUCCGCUCAUCUUUCUUCGACUGGGUUUAACGGUUCAUGCUUUGCUCAUGUUUGGAAGCAGGAGCUGUGCAGUCUUACCAAGUUUGUUUCAGACAUCCAUCUCAAAUCCUCUUCCGAAGAGAUUCCUAUGUAUGCAUUCAAAUAUCAUGUAUGUCAUGUAUUGAACACAGCACAUAUAUUGCUGAGGUUUUAUAUACUAACGUUACACGUCCGGAGUCCAGAAGAGGAAAUCUUGUUAUGUACUGUUAAUAACAUACAACUCUGUAAAAUAUCAGACGUCCUCAAUAAAAAUGUAUG